AUGGUUACCCAAGAAGAAAGGAAGCUUUUAGAGUCAUACCCUCAGGUUUGCGCACCGGGUUCCUGUUCAGGAUGCCCAGGUAACACUGAUGAGGCCCAAGAGAAUGCACUUUCACAACUCAGAGAGGAGUUGACGUCAGAGGGUUACGAAGAGCGUCUUGAUGACUCUACGCUUUUGCGUUUCCUGAGAGCGAGAAAGUUUGACGUUGCUUUGGCUAAAGAAAUGUUUACGGCGUGCGAGAAAUGGAGAAAAGAAUAUGAUACUGAUACUAUUUUGACAGACUUCAAAUAUGAGGAAAAGCCAUUAGUCGCUAAAUUCUAUCCACAAUACUAUCACAAGACAGAUAUCGAGGGACGUCCAGUCUACAUCGAAGAGUUGGGCUCUGUGAACCUAACAGAAAUGUACAAGAUUACGACGCAAGAGCGUAUGUUGAAAAAUCUGGUUUGGGAAUACGAAUCAUUUGUUAAAUAUAGAUUGCCUGCAUGCUCCAGAUAUUGUGGGAAUCUUGUCGAGACUUCGUGUACGAUUAUGGAUUUGAAAGGUAUUUCUAUUUCGAGCGCAUAUCAAGUCCUAUCCUACGUGAGAGAGGCAUCCUACAUUGGACAAAACUAUUAUCCGGAGCGCAUGGGUAAGUUCUAUUUGAUCAAUGCACCAUUUGGAUUUUCCACUGCUUUUAGAUUGUUCAAGCCGUUCUUGGACCCCGUCACAGUUUCAAAGAUUUUCAUUCACGGUUCAUCUUAUAAAAAGGAUCUAUUGAAACAAAUUCCGGAAGAAAAUUUGCCUGCAAAAUUCGGUGGUAAAUCAGAAGUUAGCGAAGCGGACGGUGGUCUGUACCUAUCCGAUAUUGGUCCAUGGAGAGAUCCAAAAUUCAUAGGUCCUGAGGGAGAAGCUCCACAGGUUUAUCAUGUAUAA